AUGCUGGAACCACAGGAGGAAAACUUGAUUGACCUACCAGAUUAUGAUCAUGUAGAAGAUGAAACUUUUCUUCCUUUCCCAAGUCCAGCCUCUCCAGGGAGAGGAAAUGAUGAAGGUGCUGAACCUGAUGAAGAGUCAGGGAGAGGAGCACCUGUUCCUACACCUCCAAAGAGAACAGUUAAAAGGAAUUUGCCCAAGUGGGAUGCUCAGAGAUUAAUAUCAGAGAGAGGGCUUCCAACCUUAAGGCACGUGUUUGAUACGGCAAAAUUCAAAGGUGAAGGUCAUGAGGCUGAAGACGUAAAGACGUUGCUCAGACACAUGCAGCACUGGGCACAUAGGCUAUUCCCUAAACUGCAGUUUGAGGAUUUUAUUAACAGAGUUGAAUACCUGGGAAAUAAAAAGGAAGUUCAGACCUGUUUAAAACAAAUUCAGCUUGAUCUCCCUAUUUUACAUGAAGAUUUUAUUAGCAAUGAUGAUGAAGUAGGGGAAAAUAAUGGCCAUGAUGUAAUUGCUACCGAAUUUGAUGCCUUUUUGACAAACUCAUCUGAAAGUGACAAGUUUGCUUCUCAGUCAAGUACAAGCCUAACAGAAGAGCAGCAACAAAGAAUUAAGAGAAUUAAACAACUAGCCUUGGAAAGAAGACAGGCAAAGCUACUAAGUAACAAUCAGUCCCAAGGAAAUGACUUGACAGUGAACACACCUAUAGAACAGACAGCUGAAGAGGAUAAUACAGGGGAAGAUCAAACAAAGGACUCAAAUGGAUUAAAUGAAGACAUUCUGGACAACCUACAUAACGCUGCUGCUGCCAAUACUAUAAAUGUAGAGGAGGAGUUAAAAUUAGAGAAAACGCAACUGGAUUAA